AAACAUCAACGAAGACGACUCGUCCACCAUUUUGUACGAUCCAUGUGGUCAUUAACACCGGAAGUCUCCCGACGUCACUUCCGGCCGCAUAACCCUCUCCUAACAACAACCCUGACACCGACUCGAGACUUGCCACAUUUAAUAUGUCAACUGACAACUCUGAAGACGAGGUUGUUUCAAGUGACUUUGAAAACGAACUUGAAGAACUCUUUAAAUCCCGUUACACAGAUGAAGACAAGGAAUAUCAAGAAGUUGUUGCACAGGAAACUGCACCACCGCCAACGGUAAUACCAUGGCACACAAAAUCCAAGAGAAACUACGAUUGGUCAGGGUAUCAUGGUCGUGAUCGUAGAGGAUGGCAUGGCGGACGUGGUGGCGGCGGCGGUGGCUACAGAGAUCGUGGUUAUCAUGAUCGAGGAGGGAACUAUUAUGAUCGCAACAGUGGGGGUUACCGCAAUUACCAUAAUCGCAAUGAUGGUUACCAUGAUCGUGGCGGCAAUUAUCGUGACCGCAGUGGAGGCUAUCACAACUAUGGUGGUAGUGGUGGUGGCUACCAUGGCGGCGGGGGUGGGGGUGGCUACCAUGGUGGAAGGAAUCAUGGUGGGGGUGGGGGUUAUCGGGGUGGCUAUCAAAAUCAUAACCAAUACCAGGCACGUCAAUAUUAUAAUAGAGACCGAUACAAUCCAUACCAAAGGAAUUAACUUUGGAUCAUUGAUAUAUAGUGGUGCUCCGGUCUAAUAAAAGACAGGGCUGAGGGGAAAAUAUUGUUAAAUCCUUUACUUGGUUAACUUUCAAAUAUAAUAUGAAUGAACUUCUUAUUCCAGUCCAUUGCAAAAAAAAA